CAGUUCACCUUUGUUCCAAGCCAUUGUUGGACCACCUAUUCCGCGCGCCCUACUGUCUACAGUUGCGUGUACGGACAUUUGAAGAAAACGUCCUCAGGGAACAUGCCUGGCUUUUUUAGGUCUCGCUCGCCAUCCGUGGUGUUGGUAAGGUCCCGUUCACUGUCAGAGGCGUCAAUCAGAAUGGCCGACAAGCAGGUGUGGCGGCGGUAUCAGUCCAAGGUGCGGACUCACUGGAAGGAAGUCUUCGUCUCCUUCCUCGUCAUUGCUUGCUUCCUCAUGGUUAUAGUGCUCAUCACCGGAUGGAACAAAAGAAUGACGGGAAAACCCAAGCAAUUCAAGGGAUCACGAAUGUGUGGCCCCUUGGGACGCCGCCAGCCAUGCCCGACUGAGACAACUGAACAGCCGCAGACAAGAUGUCCCCAUGCUCCAAAGGGCCGAGCAGCCCUGGAUGAGUCCGCUCCAGUCAAACAGAGGGCGCGGGCAGCCGUUCGCCGUGUGACGUCACCGACAGAAGCAGUGACGACAGCGGAGUGGCCAACGACUGCGGAUGGACAGGCGGAGCUGGAGGAAGACGACGACGGAGGCGUCGAAGCGCCUCGAGCGGUUUCCACGGAAAGUGGCCCAGCUGCCGAAUGCAACACCUCCCUGUGCCGACAACUAAAGGACUGGUUCGUCGAAACAGUGGUCAGCCAGGCGGACCCUUGCAAGAAGCGGAACACUUUCGUUUGUGACUCUUCGGUCACGUUUCCCAGCUUCCAUUCGGACUCUGCUGAGCGCUCGGCGGUCACGGAAGGAACCAGACAAAACGACUCCGCCAACGGACAGGAGAACUACGGGCCCGUUGGGGCAGACGGCGACGAACUCAUGAAGUCCUGCGCAGAAUACUCGCGGAAUCCGAACGAGGGCGUGCUGGACGUUCUCUCUUUCCUGUCUCGCUUCAACCUCGACCUACGUCACAUGGCGGACGACCCGUCGGAGGACCCCUUGCAGCGCAUGGUGGAGCUCUCGCUCGAGUACGGUGUCGACGCACCGGUGGCCUUCUCCCGCAAGUACGACGUCAUCGGCGACCCCUCGGCGCCAUUUGUUGUCGAUAUCACACUAAACCCAGAGGUGAAUGAAUUCAUCACCGCUUCACGAACAAUGGGAGAAAAUGAUAUCGAAGAGUUCUACCGGUCUUUCCUCCACCAGUACGCUCUCGUAAAAAACAAUACCAUAACCGAGCAGCUCAUGGAUUCCGAUGAUGAAAUUUCAGAGUUUGUGAACGACACGGUGGAAUCCACUGAGGCGGUCAAAAUGAGCAUCGCAAGCCUGUCCGACAGCACCGGCGUCACAUCGGACCGGUGGAAAGAGCUGCUGUCCCUGUUCGGAGGCUCGAAGCAGGCUUCUUACGAGCACGUCACCACGGACGAGCAAGCACUGGCCAUGGUGGCGUACUUGUCGCAGCCUGGCGACAGGCUGAGCAAGCGGCUGGUGCUGGCCUGGCACGUCCUUCGCUACCUGGUCGGACCCAAGGCGGACGUCCUGGCCGCUCUCAACAGGACACGCGCGAACGAAGAGCUCCCGGAAGGCAAUGUGGCCAUGCCGACACCAGAGGAUAAGUGCCAGCGCAUGGUAGAAAAAGUCAGUGGUGUGCCGUACAGGGCCCUCGACAUGCUUGAAGGCCAGAACGCCGUGCCCGCUGAGAUCAUCUCGGACGUGACACGAUUAAUGGCCGAGUUCCAGGACGCAGCGGCUUUCAUCUUCAGGGACGGAGCAAGGUUCGGCGACGUCAUGGCAACCAUCGGGGCCUCGUCGGCGGAAGGUUCAACGGCGCCCACAGAGCCAGGAGUCGCAUUGUUCCCGAAGGCGGCGGCAGAGGGCUCCGAUCCCAACCACCUCUUUGAAGCGCUCGGGGUUGCCAGGACGAGCACUGCUGGGACGCCAGAUCAGCGAGGCGACGCCGUGGCGGCCCGCAGCUUUCCACAGCUCUGGCUGCGACGUCUUCGAGCGUGGCACGCCCUCCCGCCGCUGGCUCAGGCGCUGCUCCCGGCCAUGGCGUCGGUGGUCAACGUGGACUCGCCGGCGGCCUUUUUCCGGCCUCCUUACUACCACGCCGGGGCCCCGCCAGCGUACAACUUCGCCGCACUCGGACAGGUCAUCGCGCAAGCCCUGGCACACGAGCUCAUCGAACGGCGGCGCGCCGAUCCAGCUAUCGACGAGCGCUUGCGGCGAUUCUGGGAUGAAGGAGACCACGCGAACGGCAGCAGCAUGUAUUGCCUCUACGCCGGGUACAAUAAGAGUGGCACUUGGCGGCAAAGCAGGCUCAACGGAAGUGACAUCACCAACGGGGUGCGCCUUCACGUCCUAGGCUCCAGGAUAGCCUACCUGGUGUUCCAGAGAGCUCAGCACUCAAAAGCUGCCGAGAGCGGCCAGAUGAGGGCGCUGCCGGGAGUGCGGCUCUCGAGCAAGCAGCUUUUUUUCAUCAUGCAUUGCGCGCUGAGCUGUGCCAUGGGCGGCGACCACGGUCCAGCCAUCAGUCCGGCUGACGAGAGAUGUAUGGUCGUGUACAGGACGCGAAAACACUUCAUCGACACUCCCUGCGGUCAGGCCUCCAGCAAGAGCAUUCCCAACGAAUGCCGCUACCUAUAAGCCGCUAUUAAAGACAAUGAUGUACAUGCUG